AUGGGCAACGCUCUCGCGGGCAGGCGGCGCGCGGCCAAGGUGAUGACGGUGGACGGCGCGACGUUCCGGUACAAGACCCCCGCCGCGGCGGGGGACGCGGUGCGCGACCACCGGGGCCACCAGCUCCUGGAAUCGGAGGAGGUGCGGCGGCUCGGCGUGCGUGCGCGCCCGCUGGACCGCGACGCGCCGCUCAAGCCCGGGAAGCUCUACUUCCUGGUGCAGAUCCCGCGCGGCGCCGCCGGUGCCUCUGCCGGCGCGGACGACGAGGACCCGCGCGCGCCGCGCAAGACGUGGUCGGGGGCGCUGCACGUGGGCGCCCGCGAGCGGCUGGAGAGCCUGAUGCUGUCCCGGCGCACCGUGUCGGACGUGUCGUCCAUCGUGCCGUGCUCGGCCGCGCGCCUCGCCGCCUCCGCCGCGAGUGCGUCGUCGCCGAGGCCCGCCACCAUCAAGCCGCCGCCGUCGUCCGUGGAGGUGGGCGCGGACGGCGCGGUGCGGCUGCGCAUGCGCCUGCCCAAGGCCGAGGUGGCGCGGCUGAUGAAGGAGAGCAAGGACCCCGCGGAGGCCGCCGAGCGGAUCAUGCAGCUCUGCGUCGCCAGGGACCAGGGCGUCACGACACCGCGUCCAACCGUGGCACCGCCGGCCUCCGCGCUGUCCGGCAGGAACCCGACGCCGCCGGGCUGCUUGAAGAAAGAGAAGCGGACGAGGUUCAUGGCAGUUCCAGACGAGAUCAUCGGAUGA